ACCAACAACACACCAACAUAGUGAACAGGUUACCUAUCCUACAAAUACAAAACAUUAUAAUGUCUAAAGUACGAGUACAAAACUUUACAAAAAAAGAAGACAGAGCCCUGAUAGAAGGAAUAUUAAAUCACGGCCAAGCACUUCUUUGCUGGGAGACCAAUCACAAACAGACAAACAGAUGGUGGAAUCUCAUCGUCCGCAGAGUCAAUGCAGUUGGAAGACACAGCCGUACACUGCAGCAGUGCUGUAAACGACUCAUGUCUUUGCAUGAUUUAGCAGUUAGACGACAGCAAGCACUGAAUGUCUGCACCCGUUCCAAAGGUCGAAGGCCACAUCCCACACCACUGAGUGACACAGAUGCUUUCUUAAUCUCACUGGAUACUGAAAACUUUAACAGCAUACUCCUUAACAAUGGGUUUGAAGAAGUAGUUCAACCCAAUCUAUCAGUGACUGAAAGGAAACGAAAGGCAAGCUUCAGUAAACAGGAGACACAAAUUCUGAUGAAUGCUUUGAGGACAGAUGGUGCCUUCCUGAUAGGUCGAAGUGGAAAUCAGAAACUAAGGUACCAAAGAUGGGCCAAAAUUGUUUCAGAAGUAAAUGCCACUGGCCGACGUGGACGCCUCAUUGCCGAAUGCCAUCAGAGAGUAAAUUAUAUGAUGAAUGUGGCUAAGAGAAAAGCACACAAACUACAGCUGUUAUUUAACAGUGGACAGACCCCACUCCUAGAGACAGAACUUACAGAGGAUGAUCACCUUUUGCUGUCAUUAGUGCAUAAUAUAUCAAGAAAGGCCAUACCUGGGGGCAUGGAUGUUGUUGAUGCACAACAGAGAGGUGUGCAAGAUAGAAAAUGCUGUAUAGAAAUGGAGAAACCACAGCCAGGUACAUCCAGAGAAUUGCACACCGCAGCACCAGGAGUUGUAGAUGGGGACACCCAUGAUAAUAGUCCAGCAUUAUGCAGCUUAGCUUCAGAGCCUGAGCAUAUUGACUUGACAGGUGACAUGUAA